AUGAUCAAUCUCACCUUCAGCAUUGUCUUGACCAAUAUCUGCCCGCAGCCAAAUUUCAACUCCAAACAGUUUUUACAAAAAAACUGUGAUUUCGUCGAAAGGAAGUGCUCUGGAUAUAUCGCGGUUUCGUAUUCUUUGCGAGUGAUGGUCGUUGCCUUUCGCGGAACUGAAUGCACGCGACAACUUAUUGAUGAAUUGCUAGAGUUCGUCACUACCCCUUCGCAAGAUUUUCUCAAUGGCAAAGUUCAGGCCUAUUUCAAGGCGGCCUUUGAAGAGUUAUGGCAGUGCAUGGAGCCCAAAGUGAAAGCUCUACUUUCAAAGAAUCCCUCGUAUCAGAUCUGGGUUACAGGGCAUUCUCUUGGUGCUGCCUUAGCGCCCUUGGCGAGUGCAUGGCUUGCUUAUUACAACAUCGCUCCACUUCAAAACGUCAUCUUGUACACGUUUGGGAGCCCUCGAGUUGGCGACUACAACUACGCUCUGCAACACGAUCAGUUAGUCAACAACAGUUGGAGGGUUGUAAAUUUUGACGACGUAGUGCCUCAUCUGCCUCCCUUGAUCCUACCGACCAUAAAAUCCUGUCCCUAUCACCACGGUGUGCAGCUGUUCUACAGCGAAAAGGCUAUCAGUGUGCAUUCUGCACACAGAGAAUGUUACGGAACACCGCACGACGAGGACAAAUCAUGCAGUCGCAGCAUACAGCCUUUCUUGAAUUUACCAGAAUCCAUUACGCGA